AAUUUGUUGUCCAUUCAUUCCAUACCCGCUCCUCUCUGAUCUCCCUCACUUUCUCUCAUGGAGAUUCAGUGCAUGCCUUCAUCUUCUACCUUGUAUCCCAAACCCAACAAAUAUUCCAAAAUGAUUCCAACAUGGGCAAGAAAUCACCAAAUAAACACCACAACAAUUUUCUUCAAGUACAAAGUCAGCGGCUAUUGUGCUUGUGCCUGCAAAUGGCAACAAGAGCAAAGCGCAUGGCUUGCUCAAUUACCCUUUUUAACAAAGGCAAAGAAAGCUCCCAUGGAAUUGACUGAGGAGGAGGAGCCUACUUUGAGGGUGUCUGAGAAGAAAGGAACUAUUGCUGGCGCAGUUGCUCUUAUUAUUGGUACCAGUAUCGGUUCUGGGAUACUAGCUCUCCCUGAGAAAGCUUCUCCUGCCGGGAUUAUCCCAAGUACAAUAGCUAUGAUUGUGUGUUGGGCUUUUCUCUUAUUUGAAGGACUCUUGCUUAUUGAAAUCAAUGUGGGUUUGCGGAGAAAGAGGAAAAGAGAAGAUGAAGGUGAAUUAGAUGUAAUAAGCAUUAGGACUAUGGCCCAAGAGACACUAGGAGAGUUGGGUGGCACUUUAGCCACUGUGACCUAUGUUUUCUUGGGUUACACUUCAAUGAUUGCUUAUAGUUCCAAAUCUGGGGAGGUGCUUUUCCAUUUAAUCAAUGUUCCUGAAUCAGUCUCUGGUUUCUUGUUCACUGCUUUCUUCACAAUGCUAAUCUCCUUUGGUGGCACUGCCGCCACUGAUCAAGUCAACCAGUGGCUCACUGUUUCCAUGAUAGGUUUGCUGAUAGCUAUUGAGGUUCUAGCAGUUUUGUUUGGUGGGUGGUCAGGAUUGGAAAGAACUGGAAACUGGGGAAAAGUCCCAGCUACAAUUCCUGUAAUAAUCUUUUCUUUGGUCUAUCAUGAUCUGGCACCUGUUCUUUGUGCUUAUCUGGGUGGUGAUCUGCCGCGACUAAGGGCUUCAGUUCUGCUUGGUAGCCUUGUUCCAUUGUUGGCAUUAAUUGUUUGGGAUGCAAUUGCGCUCAGUCUCUCGGCUCAGACUGGUCAAGUUGUUGAUCCUGUUGAAUUGCUGAUGAGUGUGAGAUGGAGUGGGGUCUCAUAUAUGGUAGAGGCGUUCUCACUUCUGGCAAUAGGAACAUCACUAAUUGGUACUCUAUUAGGCUUCUCUGAGUUUUUCAAGGAGCAACUCAAGAAUCUCUCACGGCAUUCAUCCACUACAGGAAAAUUACAGGAACCAAAGAAGCUAGUUGGGUUGAAGGAUCGGUGGGGAAGAAAUAAAAUCAGCCUCACAGCAAUGGCAAUAGUUAUCACUCCUACACUACUUGUCUCCACCACAGUUCCAGAUGCCUUCUCUGCUGCUACAGAUAUUGCUGGAGGAUACUGCAUGACAAUGCUGUAUGGAAUUCUUCCACCAGCAAUGGCAUGGGCAAUGUGUGACAGAGAAAGGGAGGAUACCGAUGAAAAGAUGCCGUCAAGAGCAAGGCCUGCACUUGUUGGGCUAGGCAUUUUUGCUUGUGGAAUAGUGGUGGAGCAAAUAUUGCAGGAUUUCUCAGCUCUGCACCUCUAACAAGGAUAUUCAAAAUCAUUUGACUCCAUAUUAUUAAAUACAUAUUACAGGAUUUCUUAGGAAAUGCCUUAUCUAUAGUCUUAUGAAUUUGUAUAUGUCAUUGAUUUUCGCCUUUUUUUUUUCCUUGUAAUUAAUCGCAAAUUUCUGGGGUUUUCCCUCCACAAAGCUUCCUAUAAUGGAAAUAAUACAUAACCUAAAAGUCUUUACUUGAAACAUGAUGUUCUCAUGUGACAGAAUAAUGAAUUUUCGGUGACUUAUAUUUUAUUUUUUUUGGCAGCAAAUAUAUUGGAGCAUGGAGAUUUGCUCAAAUUUCAUAAAUAAUAUUUAUUUAGUGAACAUAUUGAUCAAAAACACUUGGUUCACUCCAAUUUUGCUUUCCCAUAAA